AAAGUAUGGGGGUGGUUUUGGGGAGAGCGAAGAGGGGAGAGGAGCAAAAGAGCGGUGUUUGUUUGGGGUACUUAUAGUUGUACACAGUCGGAGGGGACGCAGCCAAGCAAACACGCAUGCAUGGAUGGAUGGAUGGACCAGCAGGGACAGACAAGCUAUCGAGAUUUACGUGUUGAGACACGGGUAGCUGUGUGCAGUACAGCUUUGGACAGCCAUGUCCACCAUCUCAACAACCAUGCUUGCUCGAAAAAGUUACAUCUAGCGGCAGUCAAUGCAUCCGUCUUUCAGCUGCUAAACCGCCUAGCAGGUGGCUACUUGGCUAGUACGCCCCCCCGUCCUCUCCCCCCUGCCUGGCUUUGCCCGAGCGGUGGCGCCUGUCCAUGGUGGUGA